GACCCUUUUUUUUUUUUUUAUGUAUACAGGAAGUGUUUGUUGCAGGUUCGCCUGCCGGGGAUAAAAUACGCUUGCAGGACCCUUCAGUGAAGUCACAGGUAUGACGUAGAAUCCAUAUAAUUUGAAUUUUGUUGAUUCCUUCUGACAUCCUUUCUUUCAUGUAGGCAUGCGAUAUGGAACCGUCAAGGAGCUCAGAAAAUCUACCCUUAGAUGUUUCGACUAAAGUGGCACGUGGAAAACUCCCCAUUACGGUGUCUUCAAUGAUAGAAUCACAAGCUGGCGGGAGUGGAUCCAUUGAGGAUGACGUGCCUUCAGAUGAUGAGUUGGUUCUGACGCCUUCGCCACCACAGGAUCCGCUCACCGAUGCUGCUGAUAUUGGAGCGUCAUCUUUCAAGGAGGCUUGCUCGACUCAUCAUGAAGAUGAGGGUGCUGAAGAAGAUGACGAUAUAGUAGAAGAUGGCAAAAAUGAAGUCUUGCGAGGAUCGUCUUUACUUGGUAAAAGAGAACGAGUCGAUGAUAUUCCGGCUACAGAGGUGCAUAAAAGAGCUCGUUUGGAGGCUGAUUCAACAUCAACCGGUAAAAUCCUCUCCUCUUUUCUUUAAAAGACAGUAUCUUUUACAUAUUUAUUAUUUCUUUUCAUAUGCAGACCUUCCGGUAGAGUCAAAAUUGGAUGAUGAUCUGGUAGACGCUUUAUCACCUUAUGGCGACGAAGUGGACUACGAGCCUACACCUUCACCACCUGAAGCUCCUGAUAUGGUAAGAUUUAAAUAAUUUCUUCUUUUUUUUCUUUCUCGUUUUUCAUUCUUUUCUUUCUCUUUUUAUAGGGCGUACCACUUGACAAGGACGUCGGCAUUAACAUGAGUAGCGGUACAGGAGGUUUCCAGAGUGAGGUGCCUAUUGCGGUCAGAUCAUUUUUGAUUGACCGCAUAAAGGAUAUUAUGAAGACAUUCAACCGUCGAAAGUUUAGAUCGGCUCGGGAGGAAGUAUCCAAAUAUUGUCAAUAUUUAUCUUCGCUUGGGAUUGAUGUAUCUGAAUUGGAGAGGCGUAUAGAACCCGUGUUUGAUCAUGCCGAGGCCAUUGAAGAAUUAGAGUCAAGUCCGAGUUUCGCUUCAGCUGUUCGGCUCGUGAAUGCUGAUGAGGAUCUGGCGCUAAAGGAAAGGAAGCUUGCUUCUCACAUCAGCACAAAAAGUUCUAUUCUCAAAGCUUCAGAAGGUGUCUCUUUGGAGCUUCAGCAGACUAGAGAGAAAAUAAGAGAGCUUGAGGAGCACAUUUUGCAGUUAAAGAGUACAGAAGCAGAGUUGUCAUUUAAACUCGAAGUGGCCGACGACUCUUUAAAGAAAUUAACGCCGACUGAAGAAGAACUGCAGAAGGACGUUGCUGAUGCGGAGAGGGAAUAUGCUGCAGCCACUGAAGAUUGUAAAGCUUCUAAAGAAUCCGCCGGUCUCCGAGGAUUGAUAGAGCUAUUUGAGGAGCGUCGUCAGAUAUUUGAGAUUUGAUUUUCCUUUACUUUUCUCUUUUUGGAUGUUUAUCGUGGAUGUUAUCUUUAUUUGUCACUAGUAUGAGACAGUAUUUGAUAAUUUGAAUGACUUUGAUUGUGCUUGAA